GAAUACAAAACAGUCAUUCCAGAAGAUCAUAUUGUUGUCCAUGCCAUCUCUCUUCUUCUCCUCCUCCUCCAGGGUCAACCAGCGUGCUCUUAUUGACAGAUGAGAACAUUUCUUGACGGCAGCUGAGUGAUUUCAGUGGGUGGAUUAUCAAUUUGCUGACUUGUUGGGAGAAAAGAGUUGCCAUGGAAACUAUUUCUCUCUUCCUCUCCUCGCUGCUGGUGUGCGUGGCUGCUGCAGCAGACGUGGAUGUUCAGGAUGAAAAAGAAAAAGAGGACAACCCCUUUGUCUACGACUAUGAGAGCCUGAGGAUUUGUGGACUGGCACUAGCCGUGGUGCUGUUCACCCUCGGAAUCCUGCUCAUCCUCAGUAGACGAUGCCGCUGCAGUAUCAGCCAGAAGCCCAGGGCCCCGGGAGAUGAGGAGGCCCAGGAGGAAAACCUUAUCGUCUCAAAGGCUGCAGCAGCUGCCAAAGAGACUCCAGCGGAAAACUGAGGCAGCACCUCCAUUAUCAGCUCAAACUGCCUUCUAAGAGGAUGACGUGAAUCACUUGCAUCGAUGAUAUGUUAUAGGGUAAUGAUACGGCGAGGUAUGACCACAUUAUGAUACAAAAUGUACAUAAAUCAUGCGCCUUUUAGCCCAGUCGUGCUUCGUUGUGACGUAGCAGUCCUCAGUGCUCUUGUCUCUACUCGUGCCUUCAUGUAGAUGUCCUUCACUUUUACUGUACCGUACUGUACCCGUGUCUCAGCUGUUAUGUAAUAAUGGCACCUUCGACACAAUUUGAAGGUAAAACAGGUGUCCGUGUGGUGUGGUACUGUUUGUUUUGUACUCCCUACUACUGCUUUGACACUCUAGGAAUGUCUCCACUUUUUAAUAAGGGUACCCUAUAUGAAUUAGUUAGGACUUACAAAACUGAUGAGCUCACCUCGCCUGAUUUGUAAAAACAAAACCCCCUCCAAGAAAACCAAACAACUGCUUCACUACAUACACUAAAUUGCCAAAAGUAUUUGGCCACACCUGCCUUGACUCACAUAUGAACUUGAAGUGCCAUCCCAUUCCUAACCCAUAGGGUUCAACAUGAUGUGGGUCCACCUUUUGCAGCUAUUACAGCUGCAACUCUUCUGGGAAGGCUGUCCACAAGGUUGCGGAGUGUGUUUAUAGGAAUUUUCCACCAUUCUUCCAAAAGCACAUUGGUGAGGCCACGCACUGAUGAUAGUCGAGAAGGCCUGGCUCUCACAGUCUCCAUUCUAAUUCAUCCCAAAGGUGUUCUAUCGGAUUCAGGUUAGGACUCUGUGCAGGCCAGUCAAGUUCAUCCACACCAGAGUCUGUCAUCCAUGUCUUUAUGGACCUUGCUGUGUGCACAGUCAUGUUGGAAGAGGAACUAUUCUCACAAGGUUGGGAGCAUGGAAUUGUCCAAAAUGUUUUGGUAUCCUGGAGCAUUCAAAGUUCCUUUCACUGGAACUGAAGGGCCAAGCCCAACUCAUGAAAAACAACCCCGCACCAUAAUUCCUCCUCCACCAAAUUUCACACUCGGCACAACGCAGUCCGAAACCUACCGUUCUCCUGGCAACCUUCAAAGAUGGAAAAGCGUGAUUAAUCACUCCAGAGAAGGCGUCUCCACUGCUCUAGAGUCCAGUGGCGACGUGCUUUACGCCACUGCAUCCGACGCUUUGCAUUGGACUUGGUGGUGUAUGGCUUGGAUGCAGCUGCUCGGC